AUGUUUCUUUUGAAUUUUAUAAUUGCUGUAAUCGGGUACUGCGUUUUAGAGGAAAAGCCUUCUGAAAAGUAGUCUAUCAUAUGCUGCAUUGGCAAGUUCUUUGCAUAUUAGUACAGCGUCUUUAAAAGAGGAUUUGAAAGUUGCGUGAACAGAUUUGCAGCUGAUAUCCUUUGUCUUCUCGUUCACUGUGCUAUAAUUUGUGGCCUUAAUGCAGCUUUUAAAGAUCUAUUUAUUGUUUUCUAAUUCAUUUUUCUUGAAGUAGCUUUCUACUUCAGCGAGUUUACUAUGAGAAUUUUCCCAUACUCGAUCAAUUUCAAAAAGGACUUGCUUAAGACACUAUGUGUUUAUAUUUUCGAAGUAUUCAUGUGCAUGACUCCUUUGUUUACAGGUAGCAUAAAAGUUUCUAUUGGCAUAACUCUAGCUAUCCAUUUUAUUUUGCUAAUUUCUUUGAUUACAAGAAACCAAAUCAAUAGAAAGCAUCAUGUUUUAUUCAGCCAAGCUGAGCAAUGCCUCUAAGUCAAUCUAAAAGAAGAUAUUAAUGCCAGCAUUAAUAGCAAUUGCGAGAACUCUGUUUAGCACUAUGUUAUUAAAUACGCAAAUAAGAUUCAACUAGUUUCUUUGAGUCACCCAAAAGCCAGUCCUUAAAUAUCUCCUUAAGAAAGCAUAAAUAAUAAGAAUAACAACUAAAUUAUCUCUAAAAAUAACAAUCAAGAUGAUAAUAACACUAAAGAAGUUUGUUGUAAUUAGGAAAUUAAUAACAAAAAGAAUAAUUAAUAUUAAUAAAAUAGCAAAAAUUUAAUUCUAAAUGAGAUAUUACCUGUGGUUUCAAUUAAUGUAAAAUCUUAAUCUUCAGAAGACAAGUAGUUAAUGAAUGAAACCCGCGAAAAGCAAUUAACAGUGACUAAAUCUUCUCUUUAGCCUCCUAAAUUCAAAUCUGAAGACGAGCCUACUACAAGAAAGCAAUUGCAUCUAACCGAAUCCCCAUAAUUGUAAUAUACUUAUGGAAAUAAUGGCUAGAUUGCUAAUAGUAAUCAUUUAAUUUUAAAUGGAAAUACUAAUACUAGCAUCUACUAAAAUCACAACAUAUAGAACAAUUAUAAUAGCAAUAAUAACAACAUGAAUAUGAAGUCAAUUUCAUAAACUAUGAUCCAAUCCAAUCACCAAACAACAGUCAAUCUCAAAUGCUAAGACAAAUUUGAAUAAAAGAAAAACUAAUAGUAAAAUUCUAAAAAUGAAAAAAGUUCAAUUAGAACUCGCUCUCUUUCAUUCGAAACAGAAAAUAUCAACAUUGAUAUUAUAAAUACAAUAGAACUCGACGCUGAUAAAGAUUCUAAUUUUGAAAUAAUCUCUUUCCACGAACAAUCUCAAAACUUACUCAUCAAGACAGAAACUGCUGUAUUUUUCUUUUCCUUACCCGACUUCAAGAAGACUAAAUCCAUAUUACUAGAUAAGAACAGCAAAUAUAUAUUCCAUUAAACUGAGCCUUACUGCAUUUAAUAUCAUUAUAACCCCACAAACUACCAAUUUCAAUUUACCUAAUUAAAUUUAAGUCAACCUAAAAUUACAAAGGAAGACAUGAAAUACAAUAGUCUCACCAUGCAAAAUCCUAAAUACGAGUCAAAUGACAUCCUUUUCUAUUCUUCAUUUGUCUCCGACUCAAGUACGCCAAAAGAUAUUCUGUUUAUAGCUGAUGGUCCUGAUCUUAUUACUGUCAAUACCGAAAGUCUUUCGAUGGAAAACUACACAGCUAAAUUACCUCUUGAUGAUAGCGAUAAGAUUUAAAUCUAAUAAUUAAAUAAGCGUCAAGUAGUUAUCAAUACUCCCCAUCAAACUUAAUUGACUAAAAUAGUUCUAGAUAUUCCUACAAAUAUUUGCUGUAGAAAAUUCACAAACCUCCCAAUGAGCACUGAUAUGCUUGCUAUAGAAAACCUUUAAAAUUAAAUAAUCCUCAACAAUUAAAAAAUGAGCAAAAACUCUUGCGUUUUCGACAUAAACACUGGAGAAUGUAUGGAAUUACCAAGCUCCAAGUGCGUAAAUAAAGCUUGGUUUGUAAAUAAAAUGCUCUAUAUAAUUGAUUAAUCUAAAUAAAUUAAAAUCUAUAGCUUUUCUGGUACUAACUUUAAUUUACUCCCUCCUAGUGACAAUGGAAUAGGCUGUAUCUCUAUUGCAUUUUUCUGA